AUGGCAUCUACAGAUGAGAUGUCUGAAGGGUACACAAGUAACGCCGAGGAGCUCCUCGUGGUUGCUAAAGGAGAAGAAGACAGCCUCAAGGUCUUGCUCGACCAAUUGCUGGCUCACCUCAGUCAACCGAUGAAGUAUCAUCGUACUGUGGUCUACUAUGUGUUUGUUCAGCUACUGCCCCAUUUCGAAAAAGAGCAUGUUUCUCAUAUAAUUGAGGUAGAUGUGAUACUUAUUGUAUAUUGA